AUGGUGCGCUGGAUCCCGCUCACGCUGCAGACGAUCCACGACCACGUCGCGGUCAUCGCACGUGACCUGGGAAAGCCGCCGUCCUUCCGCUGUUCCGUGGGAUGGGUGCGCCGCGCGCUGCGGCGUAAUGGCAUCCGGUGCCAGAGCGCUGCUGGCGAAGCCGCGGAUCAGGAUAUGGCGGCCGUGCGCACUUGCAAGGAGAAGCUCCCGCAGCUUCUCAUGCACCUCUCCGUCUCCAACUUCGACGAGACCGCCGUGUUUCUCUCGGUGUUGCCGCGGAAGACAUACGGGCGUUCUCGUGUGGCUGGUCGCAAGAUUCCGAAGGAGCGCCUUACCGUCGGACUUCUUGCCGUCGUUGCGAAGUGGGUGGAGGGCGGCGCCACGACGAAUCUGGUGCGCUACAAGCCGAAUCUCCGCGACAUCCUGGCGUGGCUGCUGGACGCGUGGAUGAACAUUGGUUCGCGCACGAUUCAGGGGUGCUGGUGGCGGACGGAGUGCCUCCCCCUCGCGUCGGCCCUGUCCCUGUCCCACGUGGGCGCCGCGGGCCUCACCCCUGGUGGUGGCGGUGUUGCGCCGCUCGCCAUCGAUCUCGAUGGCGAAAUCGAUGACGUCGGCAUUCUCAUCGACCAGCUUGGCCUCGGGCCAAGCGCAAUGCCGGCCGCCGACUUUGUCGCAAUCGACGCGGGGCAGCCGACGUGCGCCGAGCCGAGAGAGGACCCUUUGGCUCUCGAGCCCGCGACGGUGUAUUCGGCUGCCUCGUGGGAAGCGCCGACGAGCAUGGAGGCCGUCUACAACGACGACAACCCCGCGUCCCGCGAGGCUCGUCGCUAUGCGCGCGCCGCAUGUGAGAUGCUCAUCGGGUACGCGCGCGCCACCAGCAUCACCCCCCGCAAGCUGUGCGCUCUUUUUGAGAUGCGCAACCCGAUAAUUAUCGAGCGCAUGGAGAGGCCCCCAGGCAUCCGCGACCCCAGAUGCCGUGCGCCCUCGUCCCCGCGGGCGCGUCCUCCCUGCGUGGAUGACGGCGCCCUCUCCUCGCCAGGCGCUCAUUGA